AACCAAGCAACCAGCAUCUCAACCGACUGGUCUGACUGUAGACUACUUGAGGUUUGAGCGUGAGUCUGGGACUGAGAGAGGAGAAGGGUGAUUGAGCCUGGUGGUGUUAUGCUAUUUCUUGUAAAGUGCAAAUCAAAACCAGUGGGUUGGUCUCUAUAUGCUGCCAGUGCGUGGCAGUCCAAAGUGGGCGGGGAUUUCAGCUCGGACCGGAAGAGAAGCGGCGACAACCCGAAACAGAGCUAACAAACGAUGGCUGCAAUCAGAAAGAAGCUGGUGAUAGUGGGAGACGGAGCGUGUGGGAAGACCUGCCUGCUGAUCGUCUUCAGUAAAGACCAGUUCCCAGAGGUCUAUGUGCCCACUGUGUUCGAGAACUAUGUGGCUGACAUCGAGGUCGACGGCAAACAGGUGGAGUUAGCAUUAUGGGACACAGCAGGACAGGAGGACUAUGACAGACUGAGACCUCUCUCCUACCCCGACACUGACGUUAUACUCAUGUGCUUCUCUGUAGACAGCCCAGAUAGUUUAGAGAACAUUCCAGAGAAGUGGACUCCGGAGGUGAAACACUUCUGUCCUAAUGUUCCCAUCAUCCUCGUGGGCAACAAGAAGGACCUGAGGAACGACGAACACACACGCAGGGAGCUGGCCAAGAUGAAGCAGGAGCCAGUGAAGUCGGAGGAGGGCAGAGACAUGGCUAACAGGAUCGGUGCCUACGGCUGUCAGGAGUGCUCAGCUAAGACCAAGGACGGAGUCAGGGAGGUGUUUGAGAUGGCCACCAGGGCGGCGCUACAGGCCAAGAGACGUGGAAAUAAGAACGCCUGCAUGCUGUUAUAGUCCCCAGGGAGACGUUGCCCCUGGAUACUGAUCUUGGACCAGUUUUACCUUCCCAAAAUAUAGUUGUAAUCAUUUAAAGGGAUAGUGUCACAUUUUUGCGAUGACUAAAAGUCUGACAGGGCUUCCCCAACUGGUGCCCCGAUUUUUAUUUACCUCCCCAAGUUUUCUGAGCAAAAAUAAAUACAAGUUUACGUUAUUUUAUUGUUGGACAUAAAGACUGUAAAAACCCCUGAAAAUCAGUUCCUUUUGAUUUUGUAGAUCUGUACCAAAGUAUUCUCGCUCAUAAUAGAGAGAGAUAUAUGUGUGAUUGUAUACAAAAUCUAAGCCAGGUUUGAAAUGAUUGUUUUAGUCAGUGUGUAUAUAUAUUUGUUUGGGCUUCCUGCGGUCAAUUUGCAGUCUACAAAGGAUUUCCUUUUCCAUUCGCUCAAGAAAAAAAUAUUUCUGUGGCUGAAUCUCUAGGUGAUGCUGGCGUUAGCGCAAUCAGCUAACUGAUACCAUAGACUUCCAGUCAUUACGCUAACACUAGUUUAUCAAAGGCUCACAAAACUUACUUAAACUUCCUUUAAACUACACUGAGACACGUUUGUAUCCAUGAGUUUAUCUGACUCUGGGUCUGUAGUUAUAAAGGGCUUAAUUGCCAAAAUGGUGCACCAUCCCUUUUGAGGGGUAGUUUUAAAA